AUGUCGACCGGCAUAUCAUCCUCCGCUGAUUCCAGCGCCAGCGCAUCUGAAAGCACAGAUAUAAGACCACGACAAGAAGGAGAAUACCUCGCCUGGCGCCCACCAACAUCCAGUAUACCUUCAACCGACACCUCCAACAAUUAUGACAGCUCAAACAACUACACAGCCUACAACCCAACCCCAACCGCUCCCGAAAAACCACUCGACCCCUCCGUCCUCCCCAAUGGCGACAUGUCCCUCUCCGGCAUCUCAACACGCGCAUUCAGUCUAGGACUCAUCCUCGGCCUCUCCUUCAUGACCACCAUUUAUCUUCUUACAAUCCACCAAACCCCGUUAUGGCGAGUACCAUUCUUCGUAUCAUCGCUAUGUCUGUUCCACUUCCUCGAGUUUUGGGUUACGGCGCAAUACAAUACGAAAUAUGCGGAUGUGUCUUCUUUCCUGUUGACGUCCAACGGCGCAGCGUAUAAUAUUGCGCAUGGAUCUGCGAUAGUCGAAUGCGUUGUGUCGCAUUAUUUGUUCGGAUCUUCUACAUCGCCUAUCCUCCGCACUGUAUCAACCAUUCUCCUCCUAUUCGGGAUUCUCUGUAUGGUCGUCGGCCAAACCGUGCGCACACUAGCCAUGGCCACGGCGGGCAGUAACUUCAAUCACAUCGUCCAAGUGCAACGUCGAGAGGGCCAUGUUUUAGUCACCGGCGGCAUAUACAGUUUCUUACGGCACCCGAGUUAUUUCGGCUUCUUUUGGUGGGGGCUGGGUAGUCAGUUGGUGUUUCAGAAUGUCAUUUGUUUUGUUGGUUAUGCGGUGGUGUUGUGGCAGUUUUUUACUUCGAGGAUUUACCGUGAAGAAAGGUUUCUCAUCGCGUUUUUCGGAGAUGAAUAUACUUCCUACAAGAGUAGGACUAUUGUUGGAAUUCCGUUUAUUGCAUAG